AUGACAUCUAUUAUAAAGUUGGAAGCACUGUCUGGAGUGCUGGACGAUGGUCCUUUGUGUUACUUGUUGCAGGUCGAUCAAGUCCAUUUUCUCCUCGACUGUGGUUGGGAUGAACGGUUUGAUAUGACUUAUAUAGAAGCGGUAAAGCGUCGAGUUCCACAAAUAAAUGCUGUUCUUUUGUCUUACGCAGAUAUACCUCAUAUUGGAGCUUUACCAUAUCUUGUUAGAAAAUGUGGUCUUAACUGUCCAGUUUACGCAACGGUUCCUGUUCACAAAAUGGGACAAAUGUUUCUUUACGAUUGGGCUAACGGCCACAGUAGUGUAGAAGAUUUCACUCUUUUUAAUUUGGAUGAUAUUGAUGCAGCAUUUGAACGCGUACAGCAAGUUAAAUAUAGCCAAACGAUUCUUUUAAAAGGUGAUGGCGGGUUACAAAUAACUCCUUUACCUGCGGGACACAUGAUAGGUGGGGCUAUAUGGAGAAUAACUAAAAUGGGCGACGAGGAAAUCGUCUAUGCUGUCGACUUUAAUCAUAAAAAAGAGCGUCAUUUAAAUGGAUGUACUUUUGAUGGAAUUGGGCGACCAAAUUUGUUAAUAACAGAUGCGUAUAAUGCCUUAUAUAACCAGCCUCGAAGAAAACAGCGUGAUGAACAAUUGGUCACUAAAUUGUUAGGUACUGUAAGAGAUGGUGGUGACGUUAUGAUAGUGAUAGAUACUGCGGGGCGGAUUCUUGAAAUAUCUCACUUGCUUGACCAGCUCUGGCAUAACACUGAGGCAGGGCUGAUGACGUAUAACUUGGUAAUGCUUAGUCAUGUUGCUUCAUCGGUAGUUGAAUUUGCGAAGUCACAGGUUGAGUGGAUGUCGGAAAAGAUAUUACGAAUGUUUGAAACUGGCCGAUAUAACCCUUACCAAUUUAGACAUGUGCAGUUAUGCCACACGCAUUUGGACUUAAUGCGUGUGAGAAGUCCGAAGGUUGUGUUGGUCAGCGGAUUAGAUAUGGAGUGCGGUUUUUCGAGAGAAUUGUUCUUGGAAUGGUGUACAGAUAUAAAGAACACUGUCAUAAUCACAGGUAGGUCUGGUGAAAGAACACUUGGUUCAAAAUUGAUUAGGAUGGCCGAGCAGAUAGCAGAAAACCCUGCGACGGUUAAUAGGAAUCUAACGCUAGAAGUUAAAAGAAGAAUUCGCUUGGAGGGAGCUGAACUGGAAAGCUUUCGGGCUAAAAGACGAGCAGAAGAACAUGAAGCUGCUCGUAAACGGUUGGAGGCUUCAAGAAGAAAUGCAAGAUUGGAACAGUCAGACUCAUCGGACGAAAGCGAUGAUGAGGCUUUACUUUUAGCCACGUCAACAGCCUUAGCCAGUGGCACAUCAUCAGGGAGUCCGCAAGUGAACAGCUCAGCUACACGUCCUCCUAAUUCUGCAAAGAAUAGCAUUGCGGGUCUGAUAAAUGGACGGCCGAAUGGGGUUUCUAGUUUAACCCCUGCCCAGUUAGCGGAACAAAGGUCACACGACAUUAUGUGGAAGUGGGAACAGCAGCAGAAGUCAUUAUUUUUCAAACAGAGCAAAAAAUCUUUUCCUGUUUUUCCCUAUAUUGAAGAGAAGACUCGGUGGGAUGAUUAUGGAGAAAUUAUUCGUCCAGAAGAAUACACAGUCGCAGAUUCUGCAAUGGUUUCACUUAUAGAGACUCGGCCUGAUUCAAGUAUGGACGAUAAAGAUGGAGUACAAAUAAUACCAGUGUAUGAAGAAAAAGAGUGGCCUACAAAGUGUAUAAGCCAAAUAACAAAAAUGGAGGUUUUGUGUCAUGUUGAAUUUAUUGACUUCGAAGGCCGGACUGAUGGCGAGUCGCUAAAAAAGAUACUUUCUCAAAUAAAGCCGAAACAAUUAAUAAUUGUUCAUGGAUCUUCUGCUGCUACAAGGCACCUGGCACAAUGGGCACAACGCAGUGGAGUGGUGCAGGGAAAGAUUUUCACUCCACGACUUGGAGAAAAUGUUGAUGCAACAAUAGAGUCUCAUAUAUACCAAGUCACUUUGAGUGACGCCGUUAUGUCUUCGUUAAUAUUUCAAACGGUAAUUUCGUAUGUUUAUUCAGACUAA